AUGGUAGAUACUUCAAAAAUACAUGGACAUGGAAAUGAAAAAGGUAAGAAAAAUAAUGGAAAACAUAAAAAAAAUAGAUUAUUUGGCAAAACAUCACCUACAAAUACAAAUGAUUUAACAUUUGAUAAAGAAAAAAUAAAUGCUAAAAAAAGAAAAAAAAUGAAAGGAAUUUUAAUUUUAAAAACAGCUAAUGAAUUUGAAGGAAAUUCAACUUUAACUCCAGUUCAUAAGAUAUGUCACAAAAGUAAAUCAUUAGAUUUAGUUGUUACUAGAGAAAAAAAUAAUGAAAAUAGUGAAACUAAUAAAUCUUCAAAGAAAAAAAGAAAAAAUAAUAAAGGAGGUAAUAAAGAAGAGUAUUCUGAUAAAGAUGACAAAGUUCAUGAUGCUGUUGAUAAUGAUGGAAAUCCAAAAUAUGCCAGAUUAAUUGAUUUUAAUGAUGAAGAGUUACUUAAUAGUGAUAAAGUUGAGGAAAAAAGUAGGAAUAAAUCAAAAUCAACAACCAGUAAAAAAGCAACACAAGAAAAAAGUGAUAGUUAUAUUAAACAUAAUAAAGAUUUAAUUUAUUAUUCACCUAUUAAAGGUAAUGUAAAAAAUAUAAAAAAUACAAUAACAUUAGGUCUACAUAUACGAUCAACAGAAAAUGAAAAAAAAUAUAGAAAACAAAUUGAAGAAUGGAAAGGUCCUGUAAUUUUAAGUGUUUUUAUGGAAUCAAAAGAUAUAAAAUCUAAUUCUUCAUAUUGUGCCUAUUGUAGAAUAAAUUCAAUUACCAAAUCUAAAAAAAAAAUAUGGGCAUAUUUUAUUUAUAGUACUGAGAUGAGUAAUACUACUCAGUCAGAAUUAAAAGGAUAUUUAAAAGAUUUCAACUGUAAUGAAUGGGAUAAAUUAAUUGAAGUAUGUAAUCCAUCAUCAACAUCAUUAGGAAUAAAAAUUAAAGAAGCAAUUAACUAUCCUAUUAAUGCUAUGAGAAAUAUUAUAUAUAAAGAAACAAAGUCUAAUUAUGUUGUACUUUCAGAAUCAGAUCAAUAUUUUAGUUAUAAUUUUUAUGAUAAAGUUUUAAAAAUAGCUAAAAAAAAAUUAACAAAAAAGAGUAAAAAUGCAUUAAUUUUUAGAUCUUUUGAAAUUAAUCAUUCAACCAACUAUGUAAUUAAAAAUAAAAAGCAAUUAAAUGAAUUAAUUAAUAAUGGACAUGCAUCAGAAUUUGAACAAAUAAAUAUUUCUAUUGAUGAUAAAACUUUAAAAUUAGAAGAGUGGUUGAAAAGUCCUGAAAAAAAAGAACCAUCAAUUCAGUAUGAACAACCAUAUAAUAAUGGAUAUUGGGAACCACAAAUAAUAACAAGAAAAGAUAUUCCACUUUAUGAAGAAACAUUUCCAUAUCCUUUAGAUGUAACUACAGAACAUAGAAGAGAGAUGUGUAGAGCGGGAUAUCAUUUUUUAAUAUUAAAUGAUGUUUUUGCCUACCAUCAAAUGGAUGAAAGAACAUCAGAAAACAUUUUAUUUGUAGCAUCCGUUGUCCAGGGUGCAAGAAUAGAUUUAGUCAAAGCUCAGUCAAUGUUUUAUAAAAAAUUAAAUAAUUUAUAUCCAGAAACUAAAGAUAAGUGUUUCGUUUAA